CCUGUCCGCGCGGCCGCAAGGUGGGCUCCGCGAAGAGCGAGCGGGGGCUGAGCAUUUGCAGAGGCUUUCAGACUGAAAAAGACUCUCUUCACUCACUGACAGUCUCCACCAUGAUUCACAGUCUUUUCUUGAUCAACUCCUCUGGGGAUAUUUUCCUGGAGAAACACUGGAAGAGUGUGGUUAGCCGUUCCGUUUGUGAUUACUUUUUCGAGGCACAAGAGCGAGCGACGGAGGCUGAAAACGUCCCUCCGGUUAUCCCCACCCCGCACCACUAUCUCUUAAGUGUUUACCGUCACAAGAUCUUUUUUGUGGCUGUGAUCCAGACGGAGGUGCCACCUCUGUUUGUCAUCGAGUUCCUCCACCGGGUUGUGGACACGUUUCAGGAUUAUUUUGGAGUCUGUUCGGAGCCAGUGAUAAAAGACAAUGUGGUUGUGGUUUAUGAGGUGUUGGAAGAGAUGCUUGACAAUGGGUUUCCACUGGCUACCGAGUCGAACAUCCUCAAAGAGCUGAUAAAGCCGCCCACUAUCCUUCGAACUGUUGUCAACACCAUCACAGGAAGCACCAACGUGGGCGACCAGCUUCCCACUGGGCAGCUGUCCGUGGUACCUUGGCGACGAACGGGGGUGAAAUACACCAACAAUGAGGCCUAUUUUGAUGUGAUUGAAGAGAUUGAUGCCAUCAUUGACAAAUCAGGGUCCACUAUCACUGCCGAGAUCCAGGGGGUGAUUGACGCCUGCGUCAAACUGACCGGAAUGCCUGACUUGACACUUUCCUUCAUGAACCCCAGGCUGCUGGACGACGUCAGCUUCCACCCCUGCGUCCGCUUCAAGCGCUGGGAGUCCGAGCGCAUCCUCUCCUUCAUCCCCCCCGACGGCAACUUCCGCCUGCUGUCCUACCACGUCAGCGCGCAGAACCUGGUGGCGAUUCCAGUGUACGUGAAACAUAACAUCAGCUUCCGGGACAGUAGCUCACUCGGCCGCUUUGAAAUAACGGUGGGGCCUAAGCAGACCAUGGGGAAGACCAUAGAGGGGGUGACCGUCACCAGCCAGAUGCCCAGAGGCGUCCUGAACAUGAGCCUCGCGCCAUCUCAGGGGACGCACACGUUUGACCCAGUCACCAAGCUGCUCUCUUGGGAUGUAGGAAAAAUAAAUCCCCAGAAGCUCCCAAGUUUGAAGGGAACCAUGAGUCUCCAGGCCGGAGCUUCCAAACCGGAUGAGAACCCCACGAUCAACCUGCAGUUUAAGAUCCAGCAGCUGGCCAUUUCUGGCCUCAAAGUGAAUCGUCUGGAUAUGUAUGGAGAGAAGUACAAACCCUUCAAGGGCAUAAAGUACAUGACCAAAGCUGGGAAGUUCCAAGUUCGAACCUGAAGCGAGAAUUUCGCAAAGCAGACGGUCAUGAACACUUUUUCAUUUCUUAACCUGUCUAGAAGUAAAACCUAUCAGCCUGUCUUGUAGGUCUGUGCCCCCUCUGGACCCACAGGCUCCCGUUUUCCUUAGCCGUCAGCACCGUGGAGUGAAUCCAGGGAGACAGGGUCGCCGGGGGCCGGGGCAGGACCCACCCACCAGCAUCUCCAACCCAGUUCUCAGAGCAGAGGCGUGGGUCGCAGCGGGAGGUACCUGACCGCGUGUGAAAAAGACCAGCAUUUGUUACUCGUUCGGCUGUAAUUUUCUUCAGCCAAGGGAAGACCUCUUUGUUUUUUUUUAACCCCAGGGAAAAAAGAAUUAGAGCACACACUUGGAAGGAAACGAAUGUUAGUGGAGGAAGGUUUCUUGGAAGGCAUGGAGUGUAUGCACCCCAAUUAAAGUUAAGAGAGAGGGGCACCCAUCUCCACCCCUAGGAGGGGCUGCGAGGUACCGAGUGGAAUGAGUUUCCUUCUGAGCCCUCUGUUUGUAUACAGGCAUAAAGAUCUGUACUUCUAGAAGCAAGCUGGAAGCUUCUUUAGUUGGAUCCCCCUGCUGACACGGAAGCCCCAGCGGGAUGAGACUUUUCCCUCAGAGGCUGGGACGCCGCUCCCACCAGCUUGCAGAGGCUGAGGGCUGCCUGCCCGCAGCACCGGGCUGCCCUCUCCGGGGAGAGGGUGCCCUGCCCGCUCCCUGGGGGGCGGUGGUCCCAAAUACCUCUUUCCUUGAGCCCCGCCCCCCCCACAAACAGCUCCACUCCUUCACAGAAUUGCCGCUCCCUGAAGAGAGUUUCAGAGAAGCCAGCCCCGUCGGCCCCAGGGCGGCAGGCUGUGUGAGCCGCCCCCGAGGCCCAGCGGCUCCUCAUCCAUGUCCGUCGGGGGCUCCCUGGGGGCUGGAGCCUGAACCUCCCUUCGGCAUGCUUUCCCGCGGUCACUCUCAGCCAGACACUGACAGGAGCGGCCAGUCCUGGGGGCCUUCCAGCAACGACAUUUCCUCAGAGUCUCUUCUGUACCCCCACUGUAUAAUCUAUUUAUUAGCAACAUAUAUCGACUAGUCCAUGUUUGUUUUUAAGACCCCGCCCCCAGAUCCCUUCAGUCAUUGAAUAAAACCGAUGUUGUAGGAAGGUGGGUCCUGUUGAGCAUGUGCGGCCCGGUUCAGGAAACACGGCAGCUGAAGGUGGUCUGCAGGCCUCCACAGCAGGAGGCUUUCCAUUCAGCUCCGUGUGCCCAGCACCCAUUCCAGUGUUUACAGAUCAGACAGGUGUUUUUUGCAGCUUAUGAUGCAAUAUUGUGCUCUGCUCUGUGCAUGGAGAGAAAUGAAGACCUUGUGCUCUCCAAACCCUGUAAUUUUUCUCUAAUGCCCUGUUUCCAAGUACUUAGGUAGUGUGUUUUUGUUUUUUUUUUCCUAUAGUUUUCUCUUCCUACUUCCUGGAUUUGUUUUUUUGCUGCAGAAUAACGCUGCUUUGUGGUUUUGCUCUGGGAUCCGUUGUGCUGUGUCUCAUAGCCAAUCACUCCAAAAUUUGUCCUGGAUCCAAGAUCCCAUUCCUAGAAUAACGGAACUACUACUGCUGAGGGCUCUGGAGGAUUUUAGGGUUUCCUGGGUCACAGGAGACAACCCAUCUUGGUCCCUGAAUACCCUUAGAUUUAUAAGUCUAGCUGUCUUAUUCCGUCCAGGGCAGCUCAUCCUAAUUUCAAGGGAAGAAUUUAAGGAGAAGUAAAGUACUGGGGCUGUGGGGCCCACAGACGAUAGCAGGAGAGGCCGCCCCGAGCUGCAGACCCUUGGACUCCCCCUCACCCCAGUGGUGUGUUAGCAUAGGUGGUACCGGGUGCCCCCAGCAAGCCUCUCGGUUCCAUAUGUGUUUAACAUGCAGAAGCAUCUUCUCUGUUUAAAUCUUAAUAAAGUUGAGUG